GAAGAGGAGGAGGGAGAGAGGAAGGAGGAGCGAGCGGGGUAACCGACUGGUUGAGGCUCGCAGCUCGCAGUCUCUCCUCUGUGUUUUGUGAAGCAGCUUCUCUCUGCUUCUCCUCUCUUCCUCGCACACACCGCCUUUCCUACUCUUUUGCCUGAGCUGACAAGAACAGACGUAGCGACAGAGGGCUCACUCGCUCCAACUACUCACGCACCAUGCUGCCCUGGAGAAGGAAUAAGUUUGUUCUGGUGGAGGAUGAGGCCAAGAGUAAACCCAAGAGCCUGGGGACUGGGCUGACCUACCACUCCAUCCUCUCCUCUCUUCUGCGCUCCUGUCCGGACCUGCUGCCUGACUGCCCCUUCGACUGGGUGGGCAACAUCUUCCAUACCAAACGACAAAAGGUGGAACUGAACAAAGAGGAGCCUGUUUACAAUGUGCGCUACCUGGGGAGUGUGGUCACUAUCACGGCAAAGGGAGACGGCUGCACCCAGGAGGCUGUAGCAAAGAUCUGGGCGAGGAGCAACUACGGGGAGCAGAGUGUCAAGAUGAGGUUGUCAGUGGGACUGCAAGGCAUCCGGAUGAGUGCUGACAAAUCUGGAAAAAAGAAACCCAUCCAUCUUUACUCUCUGAACAGAAUCACCCAUUGCGGCACUGACCCGUCACGGCCAAAGAUCCUGGCUUGGAUCUACAGGCACCAGGUCAAGAACAUGGCCGUGGUGCUCCGGUGUCACGCCGUCCUGGUCAGUAAGUCGGAGAAGGCCCGGGCCAUCGCCAACAGCCUCUACCAGAACGCCUCCUCUGCCUUCAGCGAGUUCAAGCGGCUGAAGCGUCAGAGCGAUUUCCGGCACUGCCAGCAGCAGCUGCUGGGGGAGGAAGCGGUUCCCCUGAUGCCGCUGAGGAGGCUGCUGAACGGGCAGUGCCACUACAGACCGCCUGCCGACAAUCCCGGGAGCACCACCCGCCUCUGCUCCAUCACGGAGGAGGAAGAAGAAGAAGAAGAAGAAGAAGAAGAGGACGAUGAGGACAGUGAAGAUGAGAAGCAGGAGAUAGAGAAAUCAGUGGAGGAUGUAGAGGAGCAGCAGGGGAAACAGAUUUACACAACAAACACAGACCCGACUCAGUUAUUAUCAGAGUUGGACAUUGGGGAUAUUGCCAGACUGGAGCAGUGCCAAAUCAACUUUGUCUGUGACAGCAACAACAACACAUUUACAUUUGUAACCUCUCUGGUGUGACUAGAGUAACACAUUCCUCUCUUAGCCCCUCACUGGUACCCGACUCAGGCUCACUCCUGCCCCGUCCAUGUAAUGUGAAGUGUUUACCAGAAACUUCUACUACUACCCGGGGGAUGGAGAAAAAGGCGGACGAUCGUUCUGUGGGAGUAAUUUCUGUUCUGGCCAGGUGGCUCAAAUGCCGGUUUGACUGUUGCAGUUUGGGAAACUGCGUGUUUACAAAGAGGGCUGGUGAUGCUCAGACGAACGAUAUAGCACAAUGACGAAUGAGGACAACGGUUUCAGAAAAAAAAGGAGAGCGCUGAUGCUGAGAUCACUGGGUCACAUAUUGAACACGGCACCAAGCAAGAUGUUUUCAUUAGUCUUCUGUGGUUUUAUUUUGUGAGUAUGAUUAAAGCCGUGUUUGCCAGCAGGGCCAUUUUUUCAGAUCGACUUGUAAUAUUUUUUCAGGGAUGUUCUUUGUAAAUUUAUGUAAUUUUUCUAGUAUGACAAUCCUCACUAAAAUCGUUUGCAGACUGACCUUUCCGAGUGCUUACAAUCGCGGGAACUUUAUUACGGUUUUACUAAUGAUCACGGUCAAAUAAUGAAUAAGGCUAUAAUUUAGGAAGCAAGCCAUUGAGUCGACGUGUUUACUGCUGCCAUUUGUUACGGUCCUUAUCAUUUAUGCAUGCCGUGUCAGCAGUAACCUUUUCGUGCUGAGCUUUUGUCUUAUUCAUGUGAAACCUUUGAUCUUUCGGCUUUUAAAAUUAACACUGUGAUAAAUUUGUGGACAGGGAUAAAACUGUUCACAACUGUUCAAUGUCUAAUUCAUGUAAUGCAUUGCUUUAUAUAUAUCUAUUGCAGUGUCACCUGUCUUGCCAAACAACAACAACAAAUCAGAUCUUAUGGCUUUGCUCUUUUGUAGCCAAGUUUUGCUAAUGCAUAUUUUCCACAUGAGCCCCGAUGGACAAUUACAAUUUAACACAAACUGUUUUGAAUAUGACUUUAGUUAAUUUCUUGUUGAUAAUAUCUGUACAACCGUCUAAAGAUGCAUUGUGAUUAUUACGAGAUGAAGCUAUUUAUUUUCCAAAUAUGAUGAAUAAAAAUGACCCUCACUUGGGGUUUCUUCUUGAAUCGCA